AUGAGUGCUCUUUUAAAAAGCAUAAGAUCGCCUUCCUCUGAAACUUUACCGAAUAUCAGAGGUCCUCGGAGCACACAGCCACCAUCACCUGUAUGUAUAAGUAAAAAUUUUUUUGGAAAACAAUUUCUAAAGUCAAGGUCUGAGUUGAAUAUUGAUGCUCUCCCAGACAUAAAGCUUCGCUGCUUUAGAAAUUUAGAUGCAACACCUUUGUAUCAUCAGAUUACGUUUACUGAAAGAGGAUUGCCUCAAUUACAGCCAUCUACAACUUCAAACUCGUCCAACGGUAAAAUAAGGGCGUAUGCAGCAAACACUCAUCAAGGCCUAACACGCCUCUAUAACGAAGAUAAAGCUGUAAUAAAGCUAAGAGUCAAAAAUCCAACGAAUCAAAAUAGAGCUCUUUGGCCAAAUUGCUCGUUUUUUGGACUUUAUGAUGGGCACGGUGGCAAAGCUUGUUCUAACUUUUUAAGAGACAAUUUACACCAUUACAUUAUCAAUGAUCCUCUUUUCCCAGAUUGCCCCAAACAAGCCAUUUUAAGAGGUUUUUCUCGAGCUGAGUCUGAUUUUUUGAAGUUGGCAAAAGAAAAUAAUGAAAGAGCAGGCUCUUGUGCCCUUGUAGUAUUAAUUGUAGGGAAGAUAUGCUAUGUGGCAAAUGUUGGAGACUCAAGGGCUAUUAUUAGUGGAUCUAAAGGCCAGCAAGCAAUUUCUAUAACGAGAGAUCAUAAACCAAACGACCCUGAAGAGCAAGCAAGAAUUAAACAAAACGGAGGAUCAAUUUAUUGCAAUGUAAACUCUGUUAAUAGUAUUUAUAGAGUAUCACCAGGUCAACUUUCAGUAAGUAGAACUAUUGGUGAUAUAGAUGCUAAGGAUCCCAUCUAUGGAGGCAAUCCAGACGUUUUAAUUGCAACCCCUGAAGUAAAAUAUUUCAAAAUUAAAAAACAUUAUGAUUUUAUUAUGAUGGGGUGCGACGGAAUUUUCGAUGUUAUGAGCACACAAGAUGUAGUAUCGACAGCUUGGAAUAGCAAUCCAUUAUCUAAUGACUUAACGCCGAGCUUUUGUAGAAAUGCAGUUGAAGGGAUUGUUAUUGAAAGUAUGAAAAGAAGAAGCUCAGACAAUCUUACAGCUAUUAUGAUUGCUUUUGAGCACGGAGAUCAAUUUAGAUCCAAAUCGAAAUGUGCUUAA